AUGUAUUGUGUACUACUUCUAUUUUUCGUUGAUAUUUCUUUUUCAGAGGAUGAAUUAUAUUUUGAAAAUCUUGAGUUUUACAGUAAGAAUAAUGUGAAACUUGAAAUCUUUAAAAAAAAUUUUUUUUAGAUAAAAGUUAUUAUGAUUUUCUGAACAAUCAACAGACGUUAAUCAAUGAUGUUUUUAAAAAUUAUGAUGCCACAGUCUCGCCAGUUUAUAUGAGAACAACUAUAAUUAAAGAUGAAUAUGAUAUUCAACAUUCACCAAAUAUCUGGAAUUACACUGUUUUUUUGUAUUAUUUGAAACUUCUCGAAAUCGAUGAGCCGUCGCAAAAAAUUGAUGUUGCAAUGGAACUGAUUGAGGUAUGAAUUUAUAUAACUUAUGAUACUAAAAAAAUAUAUAUUUGUUUCCAGUAUUGGCAUGAUGCUAGGCUCACUUGGAACUACACAAAAUAUAAUCAAACAAGUAUAUAUGUUAGACAAGAAAAAAUUUGGAGUCCCACGUUAUACGCCUUUGGAGUGUAAAAACCAUAAAUUAAAUUUUUAAACAUCAAUUCCUAAUAAUUUUUAGAAAUGAAAUUGAGGAUUUUCGCGAUCAAGAUUUUCGUCAAGCAAGUGUUCACUUCAGCGGACAAGUUUUCACAUACAUUCCACUCAGAAUAUCAGCAAAUUGUGCUUUGGAUAUGCAACUAUUUCCAUUUGAUAAACAAACAUGUAGAAUCAGCUUUUCUCAACCGAUAUAUUAUUACAAAGAAGUUCAGGUUUUCAGCCAAGUUUAUGAGUUAAUUCAGAAAAAAGAAGGGUUAUCAACGAUGGGAAAUUCUGAAUGGGAAAUUACUUCGCUCGUUGCAAAUGUCAGAUCAGAAAUGUUUGAUGACGGGUUUGGAAAUAUUCAAUUGGCAGCUUUUGUAAUAACACUUAAGAGAAAUCCAAUGUAUUAUUUUUAUAUGAUUAUUCUACCAUCUUUCAUUAUCAACACUAUUUCAAUAAUUGGAGUUUUUCUAAAAGGAGCAGAUCGAAUGUCAAAGGCAAGGUUGUGA